CCGAUUCAGGACGUGCCCGACAAACCGUCCGUUGUCUCCGUCUUGUUAAAUGCCACUUACCAGCAAGUCCGUUUGUCAUGGUCUAUGCCAAAAAUAAGCGUUCUGGCGCCACUCUCCUCCGUACUCUACUAUAUAAUUACUCUCACGCCGACUAGUCCUGCCUCGGUGACCAGCAAAUUUAGUACUAGAUCUUCUACACCUAGUGCAUACCUACGCUUCUACGAUCUAAAUGGUUGCACUUCGUACGCAGGCAGCGUAAUAGCAGUCAAUUUGAGAGGAAAUAGCACUGCGUCUGAGUUUACUGUAUCCACUCCCAACUUCGGCAAGUUCAUAUAUGCCCCGCUUGUGCGUCAUUUUACGAGUUGA